GUUAAUCUUUGCUCUACAGAAAACGGUCGUGCGGUGACUACGGUGAGUGCUGGGGAGCGUUACAAAGGGUUUGUUUCUGACUCAGCACUUGACAAUGAGCGUGAAAUAUAAAAACACUACAGUAGUUAUAGUGGGAUGCGGGAUUUCAGGCAUAGCGGCGGCUCACCGGCUCAUUAACGCUGGAUUCCAUAAUGUGCGGAUACUUGAAGCGACGGCGAGAAGCGGAGGGAGAAUUAAGACGUCGCGACUGGGUGACAGUGUUGUUGAGAUUGGGGCAAACUGGAUCCAUGGACCAUGCAAGGAGAACCCAGUGUUUUGUCUGGCCCAAAAGUACGGGCUCCUGGAUCCAGAGGCCCUCACCCCAGAAAACCAAGCCAUAGAUGUUGGAGGACAUCCUCCCGGGCUUCCCAACAUCUUCAGCAGUUCAGGCCGUAAGCUGAAUGCUGAGGACAUCUAUCCCGCUCAAAAGAUGUUUUCUGAGCUGCUUGGUGAAAGUGAAGGAUUCCAGAGUCAAGGGGGAGAAACCUGUCCCAGUUUGGGAGAUUUCAUACGGUCAGAGGUGCGACAACGAGCAGCAGAUGAAUGGAAACAUUUAGAUGCAAACACCAGAUCACUACAGCUGUGUGCGAUCAGCAGCAUGUUGAAGUUGGAGUGCUGCACUAAUGGGGCUCACAGCUUGGAUGAGGUGGCCCUGGGGGCCAAUGGCCUUUACAAGACUCUACCUGGACUGGACUGUACAUUUCCAGGAGGCUACGAGGGUCUAAUCAAAAGCUUGAUGUCGGAGCUCCCCAGUGGUUUAGUGACGUACAGUCGGCCUGUACGCUGUGUCCACUGGAGCAACUCAGAGAAGACACGAACCCCGGUGAUAGUCGAGUGUAAUGAUGGGGAGAAGAUCACUGCUGAUCAUGUUAUUGUCACAGUACCUCUAGGAUACCUAAAGCAACACCAUUCAACUCUGUUCCAUCCUCCUCUGCCUCCACACAAGAUGCACUCUGUCCAGAGACAAGGUUUUGGAACAAACAACAAAAUAUUUGUGGAGUUUGAUUCCCCGUGGUGGGACGCUGACUGUGAGGUCAUCUACCUUGUGUGGGACGAUGAGGAUGCCAUUGUGGAUCAGGUGCCGGAUGUACAAAGAUCCUGGAUAAAGAAGUUGUGUGGCUUCACUGUGCUCAAACCCACAGAAAGGUAUGGCCAUGUCCUCUGUGGCUGGAUAGCCGGCCAUGAGUCAGAGUACAUGGAGACACUGUCUGAACAGGAGGUCACACACGCCGUAGCACAGCUAUUUCGUAGGUUCACAGGGAACCCAACCGUCACCCUAAGGAGAGUUCUGCGCUCCCAGUGGUUUCAUGAUCCAUGGACAUGUGGGUCAUACAGUCAUCCUGGAAUCGGCUGCUCAGAGCAGGACUUGGAAAACUUAAUGGAGCCCCUGCCUGUGAAGGGAUCUCAGUCACAACCCUUGCAGGUGUUGUUUGCUGGAGAGGCAACUCAUCCCUGCUACUUCUCAACUGUUCACGGAGCCCUACUCAGUGGGUGGAGAGAAGCUGAUCGUCUCAUCUCUCACUAUACCACCACUGGUGAAUCUGAGCCGACCAAGUCAAAACUGUAAAAGAACUGCACUGCUGACAGGAAGUGAUCAGUCAGAUUUUCAUCCAAAAUGUUCACAUUCUUCAAACAAUUACAUUAAUUGAUUUGAUGGUUUGUUUUAGGGCUUUUCUUUAUUUAAACUGGUCGAAGAAAAAUUUCCUUAGUGAGGUGAAUUAAUGAAUAAGUGAACUCACACACUUAGAAAUCUGGUAAUGAAACUGCUGUUGGAGAAUUAGCAGUAAUUUUGUUUUUUGUAAGAAUGAAUCAAAGCAACAUUUCAUAAUCCCUUUGAAGCUGCAAUGACACUCAUAAAGAAAUGGUUGUUCAUUUUCACUCACUGGCCUUAAUGUCUGUUCCUGCACUAUGUGACUGUAACAAGCACAUAUGCUCAUGAUAAACUUUGUAAUGCUGAACUGUUGGAAGUAAUUAAGCACUGGAGUUUUGUGUGUUUUGUUGCAGUGAUAGAAUUUCCAGUUCCUGAGGAUGAUGAUCAUAGUCACCAUUCAGCUGUUUCAAUUACGUGUGGGCCCACACUGUCUGAGCUUUAUCAUAUUACCGUUUUUGUUUUUUGACUGAGAGCCCAAAGUCAUGAAUGCCUUUUGUGCCUGAAGAGGGCACUGCUGUUAAAGAAAAUUGAUGUGUGUGUUUGUGGUUUAAGAUUUCAACUUUUUCCUUUGAUAAUCCAGUCAUGGGUUGAUUGUAAUUAUACAAGGAUAUUCUUAAUAAAAUAUUUUGACUA